GGUGGCGGAUGUCGCAGGAAAUGCGGUGGUUGGGAAGGCGACGGGGGAGGCUGGGAUCAAGAAGAACGGACGGCCUGCGCUCUCUUGGUCGGGGGACUGCAUCUCCAUCUCCAUCUCCAUCUCGCCCUCGCUCUCGCUCACCUCUUCUCCCAGACCCCCCCAUUCUUUUUCCUCCUUGGGGAUUUUCUCUCUUCGCUUGUCUGCAAGCUCCCGGUGCUACUCUCACAUUCCAUCGAUCUAUUGCUUGGCUCUCUCUAUCUCUCGUGGCCUGCUGUUUAUCGCUGCAUAUCUCGCUUUUCAUACCACACUUUACAUCCGAGUCGGACGCCGAGACAAGACGUCGUUACGGGUAGCGAUCGGAAUCCAAGGACAAUUCCGAUCGCAUCGUGGACUGACCUCGUGGUUGUCAUUUAUCCCAACAUCCCUCCUUCGCCAUGCAUGCGUCCCGCAUACUGCAGUCCGCCAUAUCGAUACUGACCUUACUGGGUCAGCUCCAACCCUCGAUAGCAUCGCCAUUGGAAUCCGAGGAGAGCAUCGACGAAGCCACUCUAGAGAAGCGCUGCUCCAACCCUUGCGGCUACUAUAGCCAGCUUUGUUGCAGUUCGAGCGAGACAUGCACCACCAACAGUGACGGCGAAGCAGAGUGUGUCAGCGGCGGAAGUUGGGAGUACUUCACCACUACCUAUGUUCUGACGGAGACCGAGACCGCCACAUUCACUUCGACGUGGAGCUCCUAUCUUUCAGCGACGUCAAGCGCCGGAAGCUGUAAUGCUGAAUAUGGCGAGACAGUCUGUGGCAACAACUGUUGCGGUCCCGCCUAUAUCUGCUCCGACAAUCAGUGUAUCAUAGGAAGCACAUCAAUCUGGGCGACUGCCACUGCGACGCCCCCCGUGCGUGGAACCACCCUGUCGACUGUCACCCAAACAGCCCCCGUGACAACCACCGAGGGUUUCAUCGCCCCUGUGAGUACGGGAGGAACGCCGGCGGUUGGAGUCAAGGCCAGGAGCGGCGGACUCAGCGGCGGCGCAAUUGCGGGUAUUGUUAUCGGAACAAUCGCUGGCGCAUUCCUAUUGCUGCUUAUUUGCGCUUGUAUGUGCUGCCGUGGAGCACUUGAUUCCAUCCUCGCUUGCCUGGGUCUCGGUGGUGGCAGGAAGCGGAGAGAAACGACCUACGUCGAAGAGCGUCGCCAUCGCCAUUCACACGGGACUACCACCAGGCCUGAGCAACGUACUUGGUUCGGUACCCGUCCUACAGCAUCCUCUGCAGGUGGUGGUAGGAAGAAGAAGGACUCUGGAAUGGGUGCUUUGGCGACAAUCGGAAUCAUCCUGGGUGCAAUUGCGCUGUGCCUGGGACUGAAGAGACGCAACAGAGACCGUCGGGACGAAGACGAGAAGACCGAUUACUCCUAUCCGAGCAGCUAUUACUACUCCUCCGAUUAUUACACCAAUGAUGGAAGCGUGGUGACAGAAGAUCGACGCACAAGAGAUACUAGACGUACUAGACGAUCUCGCACCCGCUCACGAAGAUGACGAGAUGACGAGAUGACGAUAUGACGAAAGCCAGCUCACGACCCCCUUCUUACCUUUCUUUUCCAAGUUUAUCGACCAGACCGUGCAUGAACAGGCGCUAAUUUGGGUUUAUGAUUUGAUGUAUUAUGAUUUUUCCUCCCACCCCCC